AUGUCCGACUCCCAUUCUCAUUCCCACGACCAUUCUCAUUCUCACACUCACGACCACGACCACGACCACGGCCACGACCAUUCGCACCAUGAAGUUCCAGCUCAUCUCUUCCAAGCAACAUCCUCCACCGACCAACCCCCAGAUGGCUGGCGCGAGAGCGGUGUCCGGGUGAUCCCCGCCAACGGCCUGGACACAAACACCUCCCAGACACCGGGCAUGAACCGUGCCGCCGCCAUCACCACCGCCCGCGUCGGAGCGCAGAAGCUAUGGGCCGGCACGGUCAAGAUUCACGCGAACGCCAAAACGGGCGCCCACCACCACGGCCACCUGGAGAGUGUGAUCUACGUCGUGAAGGGAAAGGCACGGAUGCGAUGGGGCGACCGGCUCCAAUUCACGGCCGAGGCGGGUCCGGGCGAUUUCAUCUAUGUGCCUCCUUACGUGCCGCAUCAGGAAAUCAACGCCAAGGAGGACGAGGACCUGGAGUGUGUGUUGAUGCGGAGUGAUGGGGAGGCCAUUGCUGUCAAUUUGCCGGAUGUCGUGCCUGUAGAGGAUCCGGAGGGCGUGAAAUGGAUUGAUCCUACGCAUCCGACGGGAGGGGUUUAA